UGCUAAAAUUGUUUUCUUUUAUAUUUACUAUGCUUGUCAAACUCAUGAUUAAAAAUGGUCAUGAGCUAAAAACACUUGAAUUUAUACAACAUUUUUAUGUUAAUAUUACUGAAUCAAUGUGUAUGAAAUGGUUUUCUUGGGAUUAAAUUGCAAUUUUCAGUUGUGAUUUUUAUGCUCAAGAUGGAAAACACACUUGGUUGUCUAGCAAUAAAAACUAAAAAAAUAAACACAUCUUCUACUCAGAUACUCAGACAGUGAUACUCUUAUAAGUUCAGAAAAGCCUAGUACCAAGUGUUGUUAGGCAGUCACUGCUUUCUUUGAUCCACUUCCAUGAUAAGUUGAUGCUGUCAUACACUGCUUACUUUUCUGUAUAAUCACUUUUCAAUCAUUAACAUGUAACAUCUGCAUUCAAGCCUUCUCAUAGGAAAUUAUUUUGAAGUCACUGCUCCAAAAUGCUUAUGAAAAGUUAAAGUAACAUAAAGGAGAUUUGCAGAGAAUUCCUUAAUGGAGAUACAAAUUUCAUCUCUAUAGAUUGGGAAUUAUGAACCUAAAGGACUAGAGAGGCCAAGAGAGUAGCAAAAUAGAAUGAAAAUAACUAUGUAACCUGUGGAAUGCUGAAGAGCAAGUGCCAGUCUAAGGAACAAUCAUUCCUUAGCUGCACAAAACACUUGUACAGUAGAUUCCUGUAAGCAGAUGACCAGUGUUCAAUCCCAUAUUUAAAGACACCAUCAUCUCACUGAUUAGCAUGGGCUGGCAAGAGAUUAUAUACCCAAAGCACAUUAUUUUAAUACCACUUAAAAUAUAAUUUUGAAUUGUGAUAUAUUGUGAAUCUAGUAGUCUACAUGGAGGAAAUUAAAAAACUAAAUGUUUAUGAAGCAUGUGAUUCUAUUUAGUAUAUUUGCAUAUCACGUAAUGUACACCUGCCUAUGAAGACCCCUUGGGAGAAAUUUCUGUCUGUCCUUUGGAACAAAAUUGUUGUAUUUAUACUGUGAACAAAUGGGUCACUGUAUAUUAAAAGUAAAAUAUGUAGAUUUGGAAGCCAUCAUUCUAUACCAGGAGCUGGUAACUUUUUACAUGUAUAUUUCAGAUAACCAUAUGCCUCUAUAUGUGUCUUUGAGCUAUAUCUUGCGUGCAAAAUUUAAUCUAAAUUCAUGACCAAGCUCUAGCAAAUUGUCUUCAUCUUCCAAUAUAUAUUUUGUCUUCAACUUAUUCUUUAUUUUUAUUUCCUCUUGAGUCAUUUCUUCAUCAAUCUGCUUUAUUUUUUUUGGUACUUUAUAGUUAUACAUAGUAGAAGGACUCCUUGUUACAUUUCAUACCUAUACACAAUAUUACAAUACACUUUGGUCAGUCUAUUCCCCAGUAUCUUCCCUUUCUCUCUUCUUGUCCCUCCCUGGUCCAAAAUUUUAUUUAUAAUAUAUAUACACACACAUACAUACAUAAAACUAUUGAGUUUUAUUCACCUUAAAGAAGAAUGAAAUUAUGUCAUUUGCAGGAAAAUGGAUGGACCUUGAGAGCAUUAUGUAAAGCUAAGUAAGCCAAACUCAGAAAGUCAGAGGUUGUAUAUUUUCUCUUGUAUGUGGAAGCUAUAGAGAAAAAAGGAAAAUAAAAUGCAUGAAGAGUAAGGGAUAAUCCCAGGGGAUCCAUUUCCUUUAACAUUUUUAUUACCUUGUAAUUUAACUUGUUUUAUUAUAUAUAAGUAUGUAGACAAUCUUAGAACUUUGGGGAGUGGGCAGGAUUAAAGAUACAGGAAUAAGCAACUUUCAAAAACUAAUCAUCAAAACUUUUCUUUUUAUGAUGGCAUUGCUCAUGAGGUACAUGGCAAAUGCCAAUCUGUUUGUUAAUAGACAUAACUGAAUGAUGAUAGCAAAAUCUGUACAUUUUUAUGUAGAUUGAAGAUAUUUUUACAUGUGUUGUGGAUUAAUAUGUGGUACUUUAUGAUAAAAUGGUUGUUCACUUUCUAAAUUUAGUGCUAGGAGCAGAUUAUAAACAGAGGUUUAUCCUUUGUGAGUAUGCAUGAUUGCCAUGAGUACAUGGCACCUUUGUAUGAUUUAAGACAAAGGGUUCUGUCUUCCAGAGAGCACAGACUAAGGUCAGAACUUGGUAAGGAUUAUAGCCCCAGUUCCCUCAGGCCAGGAGUUACUAAGUUUUGGGGAAGGCACAACCAGUGGGACCAUUUACAGAACCCUAUUAAUAUGUUACAUGUAAAUUUCAUCUGCCAUAUGUGCCCGACCAAGGAAAAGAAGAUUGAGAGUUGAGAGGGUAAAUUCUAGGUUGGUGAUACUUUAUAAACAUGAAAACAGAAAUAAGCAGCUCUGCAUGGACAUGAAAGAUAACAAAAUAAUGUCGAUGUGUGUUUAAUUAUAAACAUCUUGCUAAGUGAAAUAAGCUGGUCCCAAAAAGCCAAGUUAAUGUUUUCUUUUUGAUAUGUGGAAGCUACCCCAAAAUAAGGCAGGGGGUGAGGGUAAGAAUAGAAGUUCAGUAGAUUAGACAACAGGAAUGGAGGGAAGGGAGCAGGAAUAGAAAAAGGAAAGACAGUAUAAUGAAUCUGACAUAAUUUCCCAGCUGACAUAUAUGAAAACAAUUCAGUGAAACCCACCAUGAUGAUAUCCACAAGAAUGGGAACUUAAGUAGAAUAAGGUAUAUUCCAUGUUUUGUAUAAUUAUAUCAAAAUAAAUUCUACUGUCAUGAAUACCUAAAAAAAUAAUUAAAAAAUAAUAAAUAAUAAUAAUAAUAACACAUUUUUUAAUAUUUUGGAUGCAUAUUAAACUUCCUGUAUUUAAUAGGAGGAGUUUUUCAUGUGUCUAAACUAUUUUAAAAGUUCUCCAUUUUGGCAGAUCCCAGACUUUUUGAGACAUUAAUGAAAACUAUGAUCCCUCUGUAGGAAAAUACACAAAGAUAUAACCAUGCAACCUAUACCUGGAGUCUCUGAAAGUUACCAGAUUUUAGGUGACAGUCUCCAGCUCUUGACUAAGGAGACCUCAUUUAUUCAACUAUAUUUGCUCAGUAGAAAGGUAAUAACCUCCUCAUAAAGGUCUGUCACUGUUCCUACCUUUUGCCUCCAAACCCACAAGCUCCAGGCUCACUAAAGCAUGUUUUGUUGUGCUCGAAAACAGGGCUUCUGAAUAAAUCUAAGGCAGUAGCAGAGAAUUUUACAGUAUUUACGUAAUGAUUAAUAGGCACGAAUGUGAAGAGCCUUUUUCUUGUACAUCCAGCUCAAUAGCUCAGAUUCUUACCAUAUUUUGAUGUCUUAGCAUAUGUUUAAUAGAAAAAGGAGGAUUACUUAAACCAUUAUGCUUUUAGGUAGUGAAAUAUCGUAUGCUCUUUUAAAAUGAUGUUUGAAAGUAAUUAGUAAUUACCUAGAAAAAUGUGUGAUUUUAUUGCUUAGAUAAUAAAGCAGACUAGAAAAAAGUUCAAGUUGUGUAAUUGCAACUUAAAAAUAUAACACAUGGAGGGAAAAGAUGAGUAGGUACAGCAUUGGAAUAAUUAGUGAUUCUCUUUAGGGAAAUCCUUUCCUUGAAAAGGAUUUCUUUUCUUCCUUUCUUUCUAUUUGUUACAGUUUUAUUUUGCAGAUUGUUAUAAUUAACAUUUAUUAUUUUGUAUUAACAAUGAGAAAAGCACUUUAUUUGUAAAAUAUAGAAAAUAGCUUUCUGUAAAAAGAAAUUGUAUAUAUUAGUCUACUGGAAAAUUAUGUUCAAGCAAUGAUGCUUAGUCCUUACUAAUAAACAUUCAUGUGAUCAUGUAACACCAAAUAUUCUCUUUGGGACUGAGAAACUGUAUAGUUUGUUUAGUGAUUACUGACAGUGGAUGUUUCAAAUGGCUAAAUCAAGUUGUGGCAUAUAAUAUGUGUGUUGGAAUUUAUAAUUUUCUUAAAUUACUAAUAAAAGCACAUUUUGUUAACCUUGAAAAUGUGAAAUUUUUAAAAGUUAGGUACAAGCUUUGUUCCACUCUCUCUAUAAGAAUAUUAUUGGCACCCAUUCUUAAAUUGCAUUUGGUAAUGACACUUUUGUGGCAGUUGGUCACAUUUCUUAUUUCCGCUACAAGUAUCAGUUUGGGAUGGAUGUGCCUAACCACUGAGAUUUGUGGUUUGGGGUUGAAACUUUGUUAAGAUACUGAAAACUCUCACCCAGAGUGUAUGAAUUAAAUUUUUGGCUUCUACCUAUGAGUUGUGUGAAACCAAUACUAAAAUAACAUCUCAAGAGCUUUAAAAUCAACGAUUCCAGUAAAAUGGACAUAUUCCACAACAAACUUCUCUGAAGCUUGUGUAUACUUGGUUGGAUCACUGAUGACUGCCAAAGAACUUAAAAUUAUUCUACAUUGCUCAUUGGUAGGAGUUAAUAUGGGCAGCUGUGCCACCAUAUUGCACAAUUCCAUGAAGUUCAUUGUGAAUAGAGUAUGAAUGAUACUUCCCUGGAGUUGGGCAAACAUGUUGGAUUAUGCAUCAUUAUUUUCUUGUGGCACUCUUUCUGAACUUAUCAGAGCCAGUUUUCUAAAGAGAGGGAAAACAUUGUUGUGCAUUUUAAUACAAAGUCCUCAAAGAUUUUGAGAAAACCAUUUCCUUUCCAUUUGAUGAACUGUUCCGUUCAAGAACCUCAAUAUAUUUAAAUUCUUAUAUUAAUUUUCCUCCCUUUCAAUUACAAAGUUACCUUUCCUAUCAUUUUAAUGUGAAAAUUGGAAUAUAUGAUGAUAAGAUGUAACAGGCUAUGUUUGCAGGCCCUUUUGAGGUGAGGUGGAGGUGGGUGGGAGCAUAGGAAGAGUGUAGCAUUUGUUUCUCUCUCUCUCUUUUGGUUAGGCAUCCCAUCAAAUCAUCUUUGCAUUUUAUUUUUUUUAUAAUCAUUUGUACCACCAAUUUUAUAUAUAUUUUUUUCAAUUUGAAAUAUUAAAACAUCAUUUUAAAUAGUGCUGUGUUAAUACCAGAUUUGACUAUAGUUUCCAGUUGCUAUUUAAUGGUUUACUUAUUGUAACCGCCAAUCUUUUCUUUUGUACUUGAAAAGUACAAACAUAUGACCUUUCCAGACCCAGGAAAGAACCUCCCUAAAUGGAGUACAUGGGUUCUGCAACUGUGGAAAAUGUGGCAAGUGCAGAUUUGGUGGCCUCUGAUCACCAGUGUCUGGCAACCAUAUUCUCUUCUCACAGGAUGGGCUGGGAAUAUGUCCAGGCAGUACACUUAAGUGAAUCCAACAGUUGAACCUAUCAUGGAAGGGUGCCAUGCAAAGAGGCAUCUGGAGAAGAGAAGACCGCUAGUAUGAUUCCCUGAAGAAACAGUGUUUAGAUGGGGUAGGAGAGUUGUGGAUUUAUGGACAGAGAAAGAGGUAUAGAAACAAAAGUAAGCCAGUUAUUUCUACAUGGGACAGUAGGGCAGCUUUCAUGGAGAAAGGACUAUCUGAACAGUUAUAUAGCUAUAAAUUAAAAAUAUUAUAGAUUGGAGGAAAUUUCAUUAACAAAAGUGCAGCCAUCUAAGGGUAUAGCUUAUUUGUAGAUACAUUCAAUUUAGGUUAGUAAUGUGAAUUUGUGUAAUAACACAUAAUGCCUCUGACUGUUAGUUUUUAAUCAUUAAAUGAGGGGCAGUGAUACUAACUUAAUAUGAACACUUUGAGGAUCAGAUAUGAUCUUGAAGGGCUUAGAGAAGUAACUGCCAUUCAGUACCACAUUCAGCAGUUGGAGUUAUCAUGCUAAGGAAGGCAGCAAUGCUGCUAAUCUGAACACAACCAGCCUUGAGAUGCAGCUGUAAUUUCCCCUUUCUCUAGAUAAGUGGAAACUGACCCAAGCUUGUUGCCAGAUAGAUUGUUCCCUGCACUAGAAAGAGCAGAGAAUCCAAUGAUCUUAUUGGAGAGGAAAUUACAUCAGCAUUAUGUGGAAUGUGUAGCAGAAUAGUCAAUGGAGAGAGAAACUAGAAAGAAAGCAAUAAAAAGUCAAAGGGAAUAAAGUCUUUGAAAUUGUGUCUAGAAUGGAAUUGUGUCUAUAAGUUAACAAACCUGAGAGAGAUUUUUUUAGGAGUCUAUAGCUUUGGGUUGUUUAAGAAGGAAUGUGUUAUGUCACUUCAUGUGUACAGAGGUCAAUGAUGGUUCUUUCUCUCAUCUUUUAAUCUGUGAUUGCCAUUCUGAGUAACAGCAGGAGCUGGAGAUUAAUAGAUGUAUGAAGAUGCACAUUCUGAUUGGUGGCUUAGAUGAUAUUCAAAGUCAAGUAAGAAUCUGAAAGUAUCCAUAGAUGGGUAGAUACAACUAGUAGAAGUUGGACCAUUUUGGACAUCCCCAAAACAAAAUAAUACAUUUAAAGAAAGAACAUAUAACAGAUAUCCCAUCAUCCAAGUCAGGGAAUUACCAGCUAAGAAAUGGCAAGUUUAGAGCUAUGGGCAAGAGUCAACAAUAGAACUCAGCCCUUACCAGGGUUCAGUUGGUUUGACCACUGAAAUAGUUCCUUAAAUUACCAUCUUCUCAGUUUCCACUGUUUGUUCAUCAUUAGAUGUGGUAUGGUUCUCAUAUAGCUGGAGGAGCACUAAGUUAGAAGAAUCAAUCAGGGUAUAGUAGGUAUUGAAAGAUGUACCAGGGAUCUUUGCAUCUUUUGCUUAUAAAAGCAAAAUGGAAAUUGCUGAGAAUGAUGGAGGUUCCGUAAAAGAGAGGGAAACUUGUGGUUCAUUUUUGGAAAACAGGAACUACAGCCAUACCAGAGACUUAGCAGCAGCUAUAUUGAAGUUCAUGUGGUCUGCAUGCCUCCACUCUGUUCUCCUCACAUUAAUCAUGAUAUCGUACAUUCAACAUUUAAAAACUUUAGAGAGCCUCAGACUGAUCUGGACUCUGACCAUAAUUGGUUUCUGUCCUGAGCAGUGUCAUGAAGAUAUGACCCCUUCAACUUCCUUUGUGGGAGGUAGUCACUGUUUCCUAAAACAAUGUGCAAUGUGAGGAGGUCUCCUAAACAGAGACUGGGUACUGAUUAGUUAGGAAAGGUAUUGGAUAUAAGACAGAUGUCUUCCCAGGAGACACCGAAGCAAAGAAGUAGAGAGACAAGAGCGGUAACAAAAAAAGGCAAAGGAAUAGAGAAAAAAGAUUUACACUGACUGGGCCAACCACUACCUAGCAAAAUCAGGCCACAAGCGGCUGAUCAAGGAUUUGCAACAGGACAUCGCAGAUGGAGUACUGCUAGCAGAAAUCAUCCAGAUCAUUGCAAAUGAAAAAGUUGAAGAUAUCAAUGGAUGUCCUAGAAGUCAGUCUCAGAUGAUUGAAAAUGUUGAUGUCUGCCUUAGUUUUCUAGCAGCUAGAGGAGUAAAUGUUCAAGGUCUUUCUGCUGAAGAAAUAAGAAAUGGAAACCUAAAAGCCAUUCUAGGACUGUUUUUUAGUUUGUCUCGCUACAAACAGCAACAACACCAUCAACAACAGUACUACCAGUCCUUGGUGGAACUUCAGCAGAGAGUCACUCACACUUCGCCUCAGUCGGAAGCCAAUCAGGCCAAAACCCAACAAGAUAUGCAGUCCAGUCUGACAGCCAGAUAUGCAACUCAGUCUAAUCACAGUGGAAUUGCAACCAGUCAAAAAAAGCCUACUAGGCUUCCAGGACCCUCUAGGGUGCCAGCUGCAGGCAGCAGCAGCAAAGUCCAGGGAGCCUCCAAUUUAAAUAGAAGAAGUCAGAGCUUUAACAGCAUUGACAAAAACAAGCCUCCAAAUUAUGCAAAUGGAAAUGAAAAAGAUUCCUCCAAAGUCCCUCAACCGUCUUCAGGUGUAAAUGGUAACAUGCAGCCUCCCAGCACUGCUGGCCAGCCCCCUGCCUCUGCCAUCCCUUCUCCUAGUGCCAGCAAGCCCUGGCGCAGCAAGUCCAUGAAUGUCAAGCACAGUGCCACCUCUACCAUGCUGACCGUGAAGCAGCCAAGCCCAGCCACCUCUCCCACACCAUCCUCCGACAGACUGAAGCCACCCGUCUCAGAAGGGGUCAAAACUGCGCCUUCGGGUCAGAAAUCCAUGCUUGAAAAGUUCAAGCUGGUUAAUGCCCGGACUGCUCUACGUCCACCACAGUCUUCGAGUUCAGGACCUAGUGAUGGUGGGAAGGAUGAUGAUGCCUUUUCUGAAUCUGGUGAAAUGGAAGGUUUUAACAGUGGCCUGAAUAGUGGUGGCUCAACGAAUAGCAGUCCCAAAGUGUCACCUAAAUUGGCCCCUCCAAAAGCUGGAAGCAAAAAUCUCAGCAAUAAAAAGUCUUUGCUACAGCCAAAGGAAAAAGAGGAGAAGAACAGGGACAAAAAUAAAGUUUGCACUGAAAAACCAGUCAAGGAAGAGAAGGAUCAGGUGACGGAGACAGCUCCUAAAAAGACCUCUAAAAUUGCAAGCUUGAUCCCAAAGGGCAGCAAGACGACAGCAGCCAAGAAGGAAAGCUUAAUUCCAUCUUCCAGUGGGAUUCCAAAACCAGGCUCAAAGGUUCCAACAGCAAAGCAAACCAUUUCACCUAGCAGUGCAGCAAGCAAAGAGUCUGAAAAAUUCAGGACUACCAAGGGAAGCCCUUCCCAGUCCUUACCUAAGCCCAUAACCACUGAGAAAGCAAGUGCAUCCAACUGCCCUGCUCCUCUGGAAGGGAGGGAAGCUGGCCAUGCUUCUCCUUCCAAUUCCUGUACUGUGCCAGUGGUGCAAAGCAGUGGGCAGAGCACAGGAAAUGGUGCUGUCCAUCUCCCUCAGCAGCAGCAACACAGUCACCCAAACACUGCCACAGUGGCUCCAUUCAUUUACAGAGCACAUUCAGAAAAUGAAGGUACCUCUUCACCAUCUGCUGAUUCCUGUACCAGUCCUACAAAGAUGGACUCCUUGUAUAGUAAGACUGCUAAGCAGUGCCUAGAGGAGAUAUCUGGUGAAGACCCUGAAACAAGAAGAAUGAGAACAGUUAAAAACAUUGCAGAUUUGAGGCAGAAUUUAGAAGAAACUAUGUCUAGUCUUCGUGGGACCCAGAUAAGCCACAGCACCCUGGAGACAACAUUUGACAGCACUGUGACAACAGAAGUGAAUGGAAGGACCAUACCCAACCUGACAAGUCGACCCACUCCCAUGACCUGGAGGCUGGGCCAGGCAUGUCCCCGCCUGCAGGCGGGUGAUGCUCCCUCCAUGGGUGCUGGCUACCCGCGUAGUGGUACCAGUCGGUUCAUCCACACUGACCCCUCCAGGUUCAUGUACACAACGCCUCUUCGCAGAGCUGCCGUCUCACGGCUGGGAAACAUGUCACAGAUUGACAUGAGCGAGAAAGCAAGCAGUGAUCUGGACAUGUCUUCUGAAGUGGAUGUUGGUGGAUAUAUGAGCGAUGGUGAUAUUCUUGGGAAAAGUCUCAGAACUGAUGACAUCAACAGUGGGUACAUGACAGAUGGAGGGCUUAACCUGUACACUCGGAGUCUGAACCGAAUACCAGACACAACUACUUCAAGAGAUGUCAUUCAGAGAGGUGUUCAUGAUGUGACUGUGGAUGCAGACAGCUGGGAUGAUAGCAGUUCUGUGAGCAGUGGCCUGAGUGACACCCUCGAUAACAUCAGCACUGAUGACCUGAACACCACGUCUUCAGUCAGCUCUUAUUCCAACAUCACUGUCCCUUCCAGAAAGAACACUCAGCUGAAGACGGAUUCGGAGAAACGUUCCGCAGCAGAUGAGACCUGGGACAGUCCCGAAGAGCUGAAAAAAAUAGAAGAGGAUUUUGACAGUCAUGGCGAUGGAGGUAGCAAGUGGAAGAGUAGCUCCUCGGGACUUCCUGAGGACCCUGAGAAGACCAGCCAGAAAGCUUCCCUGUCUGUUUCUCAAACGGGUUCCUGGAGGAGAGGCACAUCCACCCAGGGAGGGACUCCAGCCAGACAGAAAGCUGGGACAAGUGCACUCAAGACUCCUGGGAAAACUGAUGAUGCCAAAGCUUCUGAGAAAGGGAAAACUCCCCUGAAAGGAUCCUCCCUACAAAGGUCUCCUUCAGAUGCAGGGAAAAGCAGUGGAGAUGAGGGGAAAAAGCCCCCCUCAGGCAUUGGAAGAUCCACUGCCACCAGCUCAUUUGGAUUUAAGAAACCAAGUGGAGUAGGGUCUUCUACUAUGAUCACUAGCAGCGGAGCAACUAUAACAAGCGGCUCAGCAACACUGGGCAAAAUCCCCAAAUCUGCCGCCAUUGGUGGGAAGUCAAAUGCAGGGAGGAAAACCAGUUUGGAUGGUUCACAGAAUCAAGAUGACGUUGUGCUGCAUGUGAGCUCCAAGACCACCCUACAGUACCGCAGCUUGCCUCGCCCUUCAAAGUCCAGCACCAGUGGUAUUCCUGGACGAGGUGGCCACAGGUCUAGUACCAGCAGUAUUGACUCCAAUGUCAGCAGCAAGUCAGCUGGUGCCACCACCUCAAAACUAAGAGAACCAACUAAGAUUGGGUCGGGGCGCUCAAGCCCUGUCACUGUCAACCAAACAGACAAGGAGAAAGAAAAAGUAGCAGUCUCAGAUUCAGAGAGUGUUUCUUUGUCAGGUUCCCCUAAAUCCAGCCCCACCUCUGCCAGUGCCUGUGGCACUCAAGGGCUCAGACAGCCAGGAUCCAAGUAUCCAGAUAUUGCUUCACCUACAUUUCGAAGGUUGUUUGGUGCCAAGGCAGGUGGCAAAUCUGCCUCUGCACCUAAUACGGAGGGUGUGAAAUCCUCCUCAGUAAUGCCCAGCCCUAGUACCACAUUAGCGCGACAAGGCAGUCUGGAAUCACCGUCGUCUGGUACGGGCAGCAUGGGCAGUGUUGGAGGGCUAAGUGGCAGCAGCAGCCCACUCUUCAAUAAACCCUCAGACUUAACUACAGAUGUUAUAAGCUUAAGUCACUCCUUGGCCUCCAGUCCAGCAUCGGUUCACUCUUUCACAUCAGGUGGUCUUGUGUGGGCUGCCAAUAUGAGCAGUUCCUCUGCAGGCAGCAAGGACACUCCGAGUUACCAGUCCAUGACUAGCCUCCAUACGAGCUCUGAGUCCAUUGACCUGCCCCUCAGCCAUCAUGGCUCCCUGUCUGGACUGACCACAGGCACUCACGAGGUUCAGAGCCUGCUCAUGAGAACGGGUAGUGUGAGAUCUACUCUCUCAGAAAGCAUGCAGCUUGACAGAAAUACACUACCCAAAAAGGGACUAAGAUAUACCCCAUCAUCUCGGCAGGCCAACCAAGAAGAAGGCAAAGAGUGGCUGCGUUCUCAUUCCACCGGAGGGCUGCAGGAUACUGGCAACCAGUCACCUCUGGUCUCCCCUUCUGCCAUGUCAUCUUCUGCUACAGGAAAAUACCACUUUUCUAACUUGGUGAGUCCAACCAAUCUGUCUCAGUUUAACCUCCCUGGGCCUAGCAUGAUGCGCUCCAACAGCAUCCCAGCCCAGGACUCUUCCUUUGAUCUCUAUGAUGACUCCCAGCUUUGUGGGAGCGCCACUUCUCUGGAGGAAAGGCCACGGGCCAUCAGUCAUUCAGGAUCAUUCAGAGACAGCAUGGAAGAAGUUCAUGGCUCUUCGUUAUCAUUGGUUUCCAGCACUUCUUCUCUUUACUCUACAGCUGAAGAAAAGGCUCAUUCAGAGCAAAUUCAUAAACUACGGAGAGAGCUGGUUGCAUCUCAAGAAAAAGUUGCUACCCUGACAUCUCAACUUUCAGCAAAUGCUCACCUUGUAGCAGCUUUUGAAAAGAGUUUAGGGAAUAUGACUGGCCGAUUGCAAAGUCUAACCAUGACAGCGGAACAAAAGGAGUCUGAACUUAUAGAAUUAAGGGAGACCAUUGAAAUGCUGAAGGCCCAGAACUCUGCUGCCCAGGCGGCCAUUCAGGGGGCCCUAAAUGGCCCAGACCACCCUCCAAAAGAUCUCCGCAUCAGAAGACAGCAUUCCUCUGAAAGUGUUUCCAGUAUCAACAGUGCCACAAGCCAUUCCAGCAUUGGCAGUGGUAAUGAUGCUGACUCCAAGAAAAAGAAAAAGAAAAACUGGGUGAACUCUAGAGGAAGUGAGCUGAGAAGUUCUUUCAAACAAGCCUUUGGAAAGAAAAAGUCCACCAAGCCCCCAUCUUCACAUUCAGACAUUGAAGAACUUACUGAUUCAUCUCUCCCGGCAUCUCCCAAGUUGCCCCAUAGUGCUGGUGACUGUGGUUCAACAUCCAUGAAGCCCUCUCAAUCUACCUCAGCGAUCUGUGAAUGCACAGAGGCUGAGGCAGAGAUAAUUCUGCAGCUGAAGAGCGAGCUCAGAGAAAAGGAAUUAAAAUUAACAGAUAUUCGGUUGGAGGCCCUCAGCUCUGCUCAUCAUCUUGAUCAGAUCCGGGAAGCCAUGAACCGGAUGCAGAAUGAAAUUGAGAUACUGAAGGCUGAGAACGACCGGUUGAAGGCUGAGACUGGUAACUCUGCAAAGCCUGCACGGCCACCUUCUGAGUCCUCUAGCAGCACCUCCUCUUCCUCUUCAAGGCAGUCCCUCGGGCUGUCUCUCAACAACCUGAACAUCACAGAGUCUGUUACCUCAGAUAUUUUGCUAGAUGAUGCUGGAGAUGCAACUGGACACAAAGAUGGCCGCAGUGUGAAAAUUAUAGUCUCCAUAAGCAAGGGCUAUGGUCGAGCAAAGGAUCAGAAAUCUCAGGCAUAUUUGAUAGGAUCCAUUGGUGUUAGUGGAAAAACCAAAUGGGAUGUCUUAGAUGGUGUUAUUAGACGUCUCUUUAAGGAAUAUGUACUUCGAAUUGAUACAUCCUCCAGCCUUGGUCUGAGCUCUGACUGCAUUGCCAGUUACUGUAUAGGAGACUUAAUUAGAUCCCAGAACCUUGAAGUGCCUGAACUGCUGCCGUGUGGGUACCUUGUUGGUGAUAACAACAUCAUCACUGUGAACCUGAAAGGGGUAGAAGAAAACAGUUUGGACAGUUUUGUUUUUGAUACACUGAUUCCUAAACCAAUUACCCAAAGGUACUUUAACUUGUUGAUGGAGCAUCACAGAAUUAUACUCUCAGGACCCAGUGGUACUGGAAAGACCUAUUUAGCAAACAAACUUGCUGAAUAUGUAAUAACCAAAUCUGGAAGGAAAAAAACAGAGGAUGCAAUUGCCACUUUUAAUGUGGAUCACAAGUCAAGUAAGGAAUUGCAACAAUAUCUAGCUAACCUGGCUGAACAGUGCAGUGCUGAUAAUAAUGGUGUAGAGCUCCCAGUUGUAAUAAUUCUUGAUAAUCUUCAUCAUGUGGGCUCUUUGAGUGAUAUCUUCAACGGUUUCCUCAACUGUAAAUAUAGCAAAUGUCCAUAUAUUAUUGGAACAAUGAAUCAGGGAGUUUCUUCAUCACCCAAUCUAGAGCUGCACCACAAUUUCAGAUGGGUAUUGUGUGCAAACCACACAGAACCAGUGAAAGGCUUUUUAGGCAGAUAUCUUCGAAGGAAACUGAUAGAGAUGGAAAUUGAAAGGAACAUACGCAAUAAUGACUUAGUCAAAAUUAUAGAUUGGAUUCCUAAGACGUGGCAUCAUCUGAACAGUUUUUUGGAAACACAUAGUUCUUCUGAUGUUACCAUUGGUCCCCGACUUUUCCUUCCUUGCCCCAUGGAUGUAGAAGGUUCUAGAGUGUGGUUCAUGGAUCUUUGGAACUAUUCUUUGGUACCUUAUAUUCUGGAGGCAGUGAGAGAAGGUCUUCAGAUGUAUGGGAAGCGUGCACCCUGGGAAGAUCCCUUAAAGUGGGUGCUUGACACAUACCCAUGGAGCUCAGCCUCUCUGCCUCAGGAAGGACCAGCAUUACUUCAGUUGCGACCAGAAGAUGUUGGAUAUGAGGGCUGCACCUCUGCUAAGGAAGCCACAACCUCAAAGCACAUUCCACAGACAGACACUGAGGGGGACCCCCUGAUGAAUAUGCUAAUGAAACUCCAAGAAGCAGCCAAUUACUCAGGCACACAAAGCUGUGACAGCGGUAGCACCAGCCACCAUGAAGACGUUUUGGAUUCUUCUCUUGAAUCCACCCUUUAGAGGGUGGACAGAGUUAGGGGAAAAGAUGAUGCUUUAAAAAAAAAAAGUGUUUUAAAAGAAAGGUAUUUUCACUAAACCACUGCCAGUAUAAAAGCACCCUGUCAGGGGCCCUGACCCAGAGUCGUGGUCUUCAAGGAGGCAGCAGAACUAAGUCGGAACCGCCAAGAUGCUAAAUUGAAAUGGGAGCUUAACUUUAUUUUAUUUCUAGGCAUUUUUUAUAUCCAUGGAGUAAGAGAAGGCUCCAUUACUCAACUGGAAAGGACCCUAAUGACAGGGCAACUGAAGAGAUUGCACAUGGGAUAGCCAAACUGGACUUUAGUUUCUUCCUCUUUAAAAGUUUACAAUGCAGACCUUUUUUUGUCCCUUCCUUCUGUUUCCUCUGAGGGGCUGUUCUCCCCAGGCAGGGUCCAUUCUUCUGAUCCGUCCAACCUCCUCUGUGCCACAUGGUGCUGGUCACAGGGCUCCAGUAGUGUUUGUGUUGUGCGCUCACCCCAUUCCAGAAUGAAUCCAAGAGGCCAGUCCUCCAUAAGCACAAGCGGAAUUGUGCAACCACCAGAAAAAAACACUACUGUGGCAAACUGGAGAAGUGCCAACUCAAUUCUAACUGCCAUGGUCUCAUGACGUGCGCCACCCACUUUUUAGUGUAUGAGUCCCAGGUUUUAUAAGGUUGUUUUUACCACCGUGGUCUUUUUAAACCACCUGCCCACUCCCUUAACAAGAGUUUUAUACCAAUUAUUAGUCAACACUGACAAAAGGCUUUCUUAGGGCUUUAUUUGUUUGAGCCUUUUCAGUGAAAGAAGGAACAUUUCCUAUGGUGCUGUCUCACUGCCUUAAAACAGAUUUCUACAACAGGUUAGUUAACAGUUGGUUUAAAUCCUAAACCAUUGGUAAUUUCCACUGUCUUUUCAUUUACAACCAAGAACACCAGUUAUCACAGUAGCUUCAUCUCUAUAUAUCAUUUUUUUUUGUUUUGCUUUGUUUUGUUUUGAAGAAAUGGAUAGGAGAAAGAUCAGUAUUUUUAUCUCAUGAAUAGAUUGCUUUGCCUAUCCUCAAAGUAUUCGAGUAACCCAGGAACCCUCUUUGACCGUCACAGAAAAGCAGAGACGUGGCUAAAUUCCAUCCAGUUCUAAGUGAAAGAGUUUCAGAAGGUGGGAGAUUUUGAAUUCGUAUCCAGCAGAGCUGGAAGCACUAGAUGCAGCAUGAGCACAACUAUUUGGCUUUCCUUCCCUAUUCUUUCUUAUAUAUUUUUUUAAAAUUAGUUUUGACGCAUGUUGUUUUGAUUGCUAUUGUUGUACAUGAGAAAUUCAGCAUUAAAGAACACUGAAGCAGUAAAGUCACUGUGGAAGAGGAAGCGUUGAUACUGUAAAAGAAGGUUAGAUUUGCACAGUCUACUGGGUAGGUAUUGUAAAUAAUAAUUUUUCAAACUUGCACAAAUCAAAUCAAACAAACAAAAUUGUAUUUUAUCCCGUUGGUGUUAAGAGGUGUUUCACUUGCUGAGAUUUCCUGUACGUUGCAAACAAAUACAGAAUGCAAACCCUCAAAGCUGUUAUUAUCUGGUGUGUUUGUCCUGUGUUUACAGUUGGUAUGACUAUGCAGGAGCUAUCAGUGCUAGAGUGAGCAUGCUUCAAAACUGUACAUGAAGCCAAUACAUUUUUGGAUAAAUAAAACUGUCUGAGAGUACAUCUGUUGUGGCAGGCUUUAAAGAGAGUGCAUGAAAACUGAUCAGUCAUUGGAGAAGUUACCAUCACACACAGAGGACAGGUGUUAGGUUUAUGAAACCCAAGGGCUAGGCCAUGGCAUAGACUAGUUCUGUGAGUGUGAAAAAGUGUGACCUUUAGGACGUGUAAUUGGUGCUAUCCUCUGUGACCACCCAUGGGUCAGUUGCUACAGAACAAUAACAUCAACCCAAGACAUCAGUGCCGCUUUCAGAGUGUUUCUAAGUGCAUAGGUCCUUACAUGGUGCUAUUGCCCUGAGGGAAUUGGAGCUGAAUUUAUGCACAUAGAAUUGUCACCCUGACUUUGAAGCCUCAAACAUGGAUCAAAUCUGUUGUGCACCAUCAAUUUAUGUAGCUGGAUGAGUGACUAGUUGCCCUUGUAUAAUAUGUGAUCUAAGAAAAUUGCUAAUCUUUCCCUGCCAUUUUGAGAAACACAGUCCAAACAUGAGCAUAAACAGAAAUUCCUGCAAUACAUGCCAGUAGGUCCACCUAGUUUACAACUUAAACUAGUUUGUGAAACAUUUGUCUGUAUACAUUUUAUAUUUUGUACAUUUUGAUGUAACAUAUCAUGUAAAUAGGCAGAAACAGUGAAAUAAAUCAUCUGAAAAGUUUUGUAGUCUUUGUAAAGCCCCAACAAUAAGUACUUGGUGUCAAUGGACUUAACUGGAUGACGUAUUUUCUAUUGGUUUAUUGUUCCUCUAGCUUGUAAACCAGCUUGCAUAUAUUUUUUUGCAAAUGUGCACCCUGUAUCUGUCUAAAUUAUUACUUUGCCAUUAAAGUGGAAUUAUUUAUUGACAACAA